AUGCCAACCUACAAGACCAGCCAGGAAUGGCUGGAGCAGUCCUCCCUCCUCCUCCAAGCCCGCCCAGCAACCACCAGAAUCACAACAAAGUACUCGAUAAACCCCGUCAAGCCGCGAAAGUCCAAGACGUCGACGGAAGAUGCCAGCGCGACUGAAGACGCCCCCAUGACCGACGCCAAGCCGCCCCGCGGCUCCCUCGUCCUCAAGACUUUCGACCCGAUCAGCGGCGUCACGCUCAAGUACCGCACCACCAAGGCCGCGGAGGUCUCCCGCCUCAUCACCUGCCUUGGCACCCUGGGCCGCACCAUGUCGACCUCCAAGGCGUCCGUCGAGGUCAAGGACGAGCCGAUGACGGAUGCUGUCGGCUCUGCCAGCGGUGUCUCCGGAGCCCCCACAGCCGGGGAGGAAACACCCGUUGGUGGCGCUGCUGGAGCGUCGACGCCUGCUGGUGCUGUCGGCGGUGGUGGAAAGAAGAAGAAGAAGGGCAAGAAAUGA